AUGCGUCACCACAAACUCGCCCUUCCGCUACCUCCCGGGCCGCCAGGACCCCCGCACCCGCUCCGCCUCGACGUCCGGUACAUCUCCGUGCCACCUGAUCGAAGGAUCGACCCGAACUCCGCCGGAAUUGCGCCUGAGACCCCACUCCGGGACAUCGCACGUCGACCCGCAGGACCAAGAGGACCAGAGCUCCCCUCCAGCAACCCCGUCAUCGUGCUCCGCCGUGCGACGCCGCCGAACUCCGACGCCGGCGCCACCGCACUGCGUCCCAGCCCGCCAAGAGCCCUUGAUGAAGAGGCGGCUGGAGAAAGGAGUGAUGGGGAGUGCAGCCCCACUCCUAGUGCGGAUACCGAGGCUGGGCAUCCAAAGGGUGUGCGGUCUGUGGCGAGGAAGCGUAGUAGUUCUUCUCAAGCCACCCGCGACAGUGAUGCACUCCUGGAGGCAAGAGGGGAUGCUGAGGACAACUCAGCCCCCAAGUCAGCAAUGGAGAAGCCAUCGAGUACUCCAGAGAUGAGUGCUCGCGAGGUAGAAGACAUGGUGGAUGCCAUGCUACGGAAUUCUCCGUUACCAGAUACUGAGAGGAGCGAUGAAAGGCUCCCGGAAGGCGAUGGAAGCGACAAGCUUCCAGAGGAGGAAAGUGGCGAAAAGCUUCUUGAAGGAGGCGACAAGAAGCUACCUGAAGACGCCCCUAUAGGUCUCAUCUCGGGAAGUGUCGUGCCGCAGGAGCAGCUAAAACUUGCAUUCAAGCUACUGGGGGAAGGUGGCCAGGCCCAGGACGAUUCAGAGCUAAUUGCUCUGAGGGAGCGGGUAGAAACGCUCUCGUCCGAGAAGGCUGCCCUUCAGGAGAAACUUAAGAAGCUCUCCAAGGCCAAGAAAAGUUAG